AUGCAAUCAUUUCCAUCCCAGGCAGUAAAUAAAUUGAUUUUAAACGGUGAUCAAAGUCCAGCCCAUGAAGAGAAUAGUCCAAUUUUAUUACCCUAAUCCAUUAAAUUAAAACCAACUUUAGGCAUCGAUAUGGCGAAAAACAGAAUAAAGUAAAAGAAAAGAAGCAUUUAAGAAAUAACAGAUGAGUUGCUUUAGUGGAAAUAUUUUCUUGAUCACAAAUUUCAACAUCAUGACUGA